GCAAGUUAAAAGUUUUUCAAAUUUUUUUUUGAAGUCGAUUCGUAGUAAGAACAUACCGCUGACUCAAAAACGAUCCUAUACUUUUUUCGUAUCAGUUUCAUCAGUUUAAGUAGAUUUGCUGUGCUAUUAAGACCUUUCGUAUAAAUUAUGGAACUUUCCAUUAAAUUGACAUUCGGCUUGAUAUGUAUCGCUUGUGUUUUAAGUUCCUCGAAUUCAGCAAGAAUUCUCGGCCUCUUCCCAACACACUCUCGAAGUCAUCUGAUAAUUCAUAGUGCAAUAGCAGAAGCAUUAGCUGAACGUGGUCAUAAUGUCACCGUUGUAUCUACACACAAACCGUUAAAAAAGAAUCUUCCCUAUCGUUAUAUCUAUUUGGAAGUGCCGCCAAUAUCAGCGGAGAUUUUUUCAGAGGCUGUCAAUAAACAACCGUCGUUUUUUAGAGUCAUUACCAAUUUUAUAAGUGCACUUUCGGAGAUUUCGAACUCAAGUUUGCAUCAUCCCCAAAUGCAAAAGUUGAUGGACGAAGAAUCUUUUGACUUGGUUCUGCAUGGAUAUUUUCUAAAUGAUUUUAUGUUUGGAGUAGCAGCACAUUUUAAGUGUCCCAUUAUUCUGUCGUUUACAAUAAGGGCUUUUCCUAAUGUUAAUGAUUUUGUGGGAAAUCCUCAGGAAUUCGCAUAUGUACCAACUUUGGCGACUAGUGUGAAACAAUCAAAUGGAUUUUUGGAUAGAGUUUCGAAUUUUGUUCAUAAUGUUGUGUUGAGGGAGUUGGCUUAUCGGCCAUACUUAUGGUGGACCCAGGAGAUGUAUUACAGGGCCAACUUUCCAUCAGAUCGCUAUCCAUCGUUAGACACCAUGAUGAAGAAUGUGUCUCUUGUUUUUACAGCCAGUCAUUUCAGUCAAGGUCCAAUUCGUCCAAAUGUUCCGGCCUUAGUGGAAAUUGGUGGCAUUCAUAUCAAAGAAAAGCCUGAUCCUCUACCUGAGGACAUCAAAUCAAUCCUAGAUAACUCAACUCAAAAUGGCGCUAUUUACUUCAGCCUUGGGACAAAUAUCUAUAAAAGCCACCUGGACGAAACGAAACUCAAGGCCAUAUUCAAAGCUCUCUCGAAACUUCCCCAUACAGUUUUAUGCAAAUGGAGUGACCCAGAAUUGCCUCUCGAAUCUCCAAAUAUAAUUUACAAAAACUGGCUACCUCAAGAUGAUGUUUUGAAUCAUCCUAACGUUAAGCUUUUUGUCACACAUGGUGGUUUGGGUGGCAUUGCUGAGGCACAAUUUCAUGGCGUACCGAUGGUGGGGAUACCACUUUUGAAUGAUCAACAUAUGAAUAUGGAAAAUGUCAAAAAUGCUGGUUUUGGUCUAAGUCUUGACUAUGCAACUCUAUCGGAGAAGAUUGUGAACGAUGCAAUCGAAGAAGUUCUCACAAAUCAAACUUACAGGAAUAAUGUAAGACAAUUUGCUAGACUUUAUAGAGAUCGACCAAUGACUGCUAAACAAACUGCUGUCUAUUGGGUGGAGUAUGUACUGAGGCAUCGUGGAGCUCCUCAUAUGCAAAGUCCUGCAGUACACCUGAACCAUUUCCAGCUUUUGUCUCUGGAUGUUAUUGGAUUUUUAUUGGCGAUUGUUUUUGUUAUUUUUAAGGUCACAAAAAUGGCAUAUUUACUGCUUAAGAGAUUAUUGUGUAGAAAUAAAGUGAAGAAGGAAUAAAUCAAGGAAUUUAUACAAAGCGUACAAA